GUCUUCGUUGACCCAGACUCGUAGAACUGGUUCUUCCAUGCCGUCCUCGGUUCGAAUCGCAGUUGUGGGCGACGUCCAUGACGAUUGGAAUCUACAAGAAGACACAAAGGCACUUCGACUAUUGCAGCCAGAUCUGGUGCUGUUUACAGGCAGGUUUUUUCUCCCUUUCUGAUUCUCUUGGUGCCACAAUUCUUGUAUUUUUCCACGUAACUGGCGAAAAUCGGUACACCGUGCACCUCUUUACAGCCUGGAUCUUCUAGAAGCACUGGACGUGUUAGUCUGUAUGAAAGAUACUAAGGGUGAUUUUGGUAAUGAAAAUGUUGAACUGGUUAAAAGUGUUGCAGAAGUUGAAUUCGCUAAAGCAGUUAUUUUGGGAAACCAUGACUCAUGGAGAACUCAUCAGUUCUCUGGAAAGAAGAAGGAUGGUGUUCAGCUUCAGCUGGAAUGAUAUGUUUUUCUUCAAUCAGUCUUGGAGAGGAGCACGUAGCUUAUCGACGUUUGGACUUCCCCAUGUUUAAGCUCAGCAUUGUAGGAGGACGACCUUUUUCGUGUGGUGGUGAGAAGAUGUUUCGGAUUAAACUCUUGUCUGCGAGAUAUGGAGUCAAAGACAUUGAAGAGAGUGCCAAGAGAAUCUGUAGAGCUGCCAUGGGGGCGCCAGAAGAUCAUUUGGUUAUAUUUCUUGCACACAAUGGGCCAACAGGUCUUGGCUCUGAGUUGAACGACAUUUGCGGAAAAGAUUGGGUGUAUGGAGGGGGCGACCAUGGUGAUCCAGAUUUAGCACAAGCCCUGUCCCACUUGAAGCAGACUGCUAAAUUUCGUAUCCCCCUUGUGGUGUUUGGUCACAUGCAUAAAGAGCUAGCUUAUGGAAAUGGUCUUCGAAAGAUGAUUGUGGUUGGUGCCGACAAGACCAUAUACCUGAAUGGGGCCAUUGUUCCUAGAGUUAAGCAAUUAACUGAGGAACAAGGAACGUCCAACAGAAGUUCUGUGCAUAAUGCAGCCUCACAAUUGACACCAGAGUCCAGAGGAACAAUCCGCGCAUUCACUGUUGUCGAGAUUCUGGAAGCAAGAGUAAACAAAAUCGCGGAAACUUGGGUUUCAGUUAUUGGAGAUAGUACUACGAUAAAAGAGGAGCAUGUAUUAUUUAAAUCUGGUGAUUAGCUUUCUUCAUGAUUGGAGUUUGGUUGUAACUAAUGUAUUAUGCUUUUUGCUUCUUCCCUUCGGAGGGAAUGUAUGAUUUAGGCCUGAACUUUUACGACACAAACUGUGAAGUGUGAGCCAUCAUCUCUGCAAAUUUCAUGGCUUUUUGGUAUCAUUUUAGAGGAUAAAGCUUGUUGUGAAGCACUUUGAUCCAAGUUGAAAUUAUACAUUCCAAGAACUACUCU